AUGGCAUGGCGUAUCUUAUCUGUCGGCCGGCGGGCAUUGCUACUACACGGCACCGCCGUCCCCACCCGGAGGCAUGUGGCAACCAGCGCGGCCGAGGCCGCCGAGGAACUCACCCACAGCUUCGCGAGCAAGACCAGCACGCGGCGGCAGCUCCUGGACGGCAACCAGCUGCAGAAGCUGAGCUUGACCCUCAGCCGAAGAGAACUGCACCCGGGCCUUGAUAUCUCGGAGGAUGCCCCGCCCGCCGGCACUCCUCUGCCGCGGGGCUACCACCUGGUCUACUUCACCCCGGGAGGGCUGGAGCCCGAGCUGGGGCCCGACGGGACGGACCGCACGUUCAACUCGCCGGCCCCCUUCACGCGGCGGAUGUGGGCCGGCGGGCGGAUGCGCUGGGAUGCGCACAACCAGCUGCGGGUCGGCGAGCUGGCUGAGGAGCGCACGCGGCUGCUGAGCGCGGCGCCGAAGCGGAGUCGUGAUGGGUCCGAGAUGGUCUUGGUGGAUGUCGAGAAGCAGUUCUGGAACGAGAAGGGGCUCGCCUUGGUAGACCAGCGAUCGUGGAUCUUCCGGCCAGAGCUGAAGGCCGCAACUGAACCGAUAGCCGAUCCAGUACAGGGCACAGUUAUAAGAGGUCCCUCAAUCGUUCAAGAUGAGAGGAUUGACGGGCGAGACUAUCCCCAGCGCAGAUUGCGCUGGUCUCCCGUAGGCCUCUUCCGAUUCUCGGCGCUGACGUUCAACGGGCACAAGAUCCAUUACGACGAGAGCUGGACGCAGAGCGUCGAGAACCACCAGGCGCAGGUGGUCCACGGCCCGCUGAACCUCAUCAGCAUCCUGGACUACUGGCGGGAUGUGGGCGGCCGGGGAGACGCGCGUCAGAUCCAGUACCGGGCCAUGUCGCCCCUUUACGCGGGAGACACAUAUCACAUUCGUACGGCUGAUGGCGAGAGAACGGCGCAGGAAGGGAAAACAGAAAUUCUGGUUGAGAAGGAUGCCACCGUCUGCAUGAAAGCAAACAUCGAAUAA